UAAACGUAAUAUUAUUCAUCGUUAUAUACGUUCGACGUCCUAUGGUAGACAAGACAAUAUAAUAUAAUAUGUACCAUGUUCGAGCCUUGUUAUUGUUUAUUUGUUGUUUGACGCACGCGCAUGCGAUCCAAAUACCCUAUUCCGACCUGUGGAAUGUGGAUACCUACUUUUUUUGAAUAGUCGUUUUUUUCGUAUACAAAUUUAAUAAUAUCGCUUGUUAUGUUUAUGGCGUUAUUUGAAUUUUAAGGACUACAGCGAGACACAACUAUCUAUUAUCGAAUUUCGUGUUUUUAUCCGACAAAUACCUACUUAUGUCUCUUGCAGGACACCAGAAGCAGUUGUUAUUUACAACUGCAGUAGUCUUAGGAGUUUUACUUGACCAUUUGAGUGCUGGCCGCUCAAGCUCUGGCAGGGGGUCAAAUUUGUCAAUAGGGCCCAGAUAUAGUCAAACUUUCUUGUUGCCAGGAUCAAUGUUGUUGUUGGGACGGGUUGGGUCACAAACAAAGGAGAAUGUACAGGGCUGGCGUAAUCAUGAAUCUAGUGUUGCAUUUGUCAAUGAUGUCGACAGUCGAAGUCAAUAUAAAGACAAACCUGAGGAGUCAGAAAAAUCUCAAUCACCACCAGUGCACAAAAAUAUGAAAUUGGUGCGCAAGAACUCUCUUCUCCAUUCAGCAUGGGUUAUCAUUGCAAUAGUGUUAACGAUUAUAUUCGGUGCCAUAGCCGUUUACUAUUGGGUACUGUUUUAUCCGAUUCUGUGCAAGAAAGAGCGCAAGUAUGACGUUAUGCAAAUGUCUGCCAAACCGUAAUGACCAUGCAUACAAUUCAACAAUAAAGAAAUAAACAUUAAAAUCUCUAGGUGGUGGUGACUAACUGACUCUAUUCUGAAAAAAAUUAUCGUGAUAAUAUAAAUGUUUAAUGAAAAACAA